CCGCUGGACCGUGACGCACCAACGGGUCAGGCGCGCUGGCAUCUGACGGUCACGGCUACGGACGGGCAGCACACGGCCUCCACUGACGUCGUCGUCAACCUCAAGGACGUCAACGACAACGUACCUGUCUUCCCGCAUGACGUCAUCGACGCACACGUCUUGGAGAACUCGCUGGCAGGAACGACCGUGGUCGUAAUGUCGGCUUACGACGCUGACGACCCACAUGAAAGUGACAACGCCCGUCUGUCCUACUCGCUGCUGAAGAACAUCAUUGAUGAGAGCUCCGGUCUGCCUAUGUUCACUGUUGACAGGCAAACGGGAGCUCUGAGUACUGCCGUCUGCUGUCUAGACAGGGAGCACACCAAGUCUUACGGGAUUGUGCUUGCUGCUACUGACGGAGGAGGUCUUCAAGGUACUUGCAGCGUUAACGUAAACAUCGACGACGUCAACGAUGUUCCUCCUUCCUUCGUGCAAUCUCACGUGGAAGUUUCGGUCCCUGAAUAUCGUCAACCAUCUUACGAUGAUUCUUCGUCCCAUGGAAUAUCGUCAUCCAACAGAGCAUCGUCCUCUCACGACGCUUCAUCAUCCAGCGUAAUUUUAUCGCCCAUCGAAGAUUCGUUGCCGAAUGGAGGUUCAUCUUCUAGCGCUAUGUUUUCUUCCAACGUAGAAUUUCCAGCGUCCAAUUCUCGCAGCAACUUCUCUGAAAAUUUCAUUACGACUCUCGUGGUGGUUGGUCCUGAUGAAAGCAAUGUGUUUGCAUACCGGGUGGUGCCGAGAAGCGGGCUCGGCUGGCAGUUGGUGGAAGUGAGAGCCGGCGCAGCUGGUGCAGACCUGUUCUCUAGAGUGCCGCUGGAUUUUGAGAACCCCCAGCACAGAGCAGGACUCAAUUUCAGAGUGCAGGUCACCGACCAGGUGCGUUGUUAUGUGGUGAGCGUUGAGGACGUGAACGACAACCCCCCUCUGCUGCUGGGGGGCUCUAGAGUGCAGCUCCCCCCCAUGGCAGGGCGCAGCGAUAAGGAAUUGCCAGGGUUGCCUGCAGGGUCAAGGGUUCCCUUCACCUUGACCCUGGACGACCCUGACGACUUGUCUCAGGGUCAUGGCCCGCCCUUUGAACUCGAACCUAACCUCACGGACGAUACCGGGUACAGGGUUAGCUUCAACCCUGGACUAGUGUCCGCUGGCGGUGGGGUUGUGGUGGCAGCAGAACUGCUGACGCUGAAGUCGCUUGUUUCGGCUGUGUCAGUGCCACUGACACUGUCAGACGCUGGUUCACCGCCCAUGCGACGUCAGAUAACUCUGACUCUGGUGCCUCAUUCAGCUGAGUCAGCUCACCGAGACGUCGGUGUCGUUAAGAUUGCCACUGUCGUGUCAGCUCAGGCAACCUCUAAUGCUCCCAUCGGGCGUCUCCCUCACUUGCCCUUUCUUGGCGCUGCAACGCAACGCCACGGAACCAACGCUGAAACGGAUGCUGUGUCUUAUAAAUUCUGGAAUAAAUUCAGGCUCAAUUCCGAUAAGCCUCACCCUAAGACUGAAAUUGUUUUUAGUAAUUCUAGCCGUGGAUUAAAUAAACCCAGCGCUAGAAUUACAUGGCUGGGAUCUAAUUCUGGAAUCCACCUGGAUAGCGACUCAGGAUUUUUACUGCUGGACCCUGCAGCUGGCCUGGGACGGCAUGAAGCGAAGCUGCUACUCUCGUCAACGUCGGGCGAUGAGCAAGAGCUCACCGUUUACGCUGACGUCAGCAACAUCGGAGUUGAUGAAGCGCUCAGAUCUACUCCAGUCGACCUCGCCAUCCUGCCUCGUGACCUCCUGACGAGUUCUGACGCUGAGGAACCAAACUCAGAUUCUUCUGAAUCUUUGCUGGACCGACUCCUGAAGCUGCUGAAUCAGCAGCUUGCUGAAUACUCUGCUGAAGCAGGGACAGACUGUCUGAAGUCCCACGGUAUGUCAGCCAUUCAGCCACACGUCAUGGCUGUGGCUGUAGAAACCAUACAGCUCAGCCAUGAUAGCCACACCAGAGUGUGGUUGCUUCAACGGUCACCGGAAAGCCAGCACGGAUUCUCUCUGGAGUCUCUAAUAUUCCAGCAUCAACACAAGAUCGAGGCCGCAGUCGGAGCGGCUGUGUUGGGCGCGGGCGUUGCGGCGCUGGGCGAGUGCGCGUCACGACGAGUUGCGUGCCGCUGUUGCUGCCGCGACAUCGCGACGCUGGGCCAGCGCUGGCACCUCGCAGAUGCCGGCGAUCGCAGCCACGCCGGGCCUUCCCUGCGCAUAGAAUCUUCCUGCAGAUGUCCAGCGCAGGACGGGGCCGAAGAGGAGCGCGGGCAGCUUGCUAGCCUGACUUCGGCGCGCGCCGUCACGGCCGCGCGACAGCCGCCCUGCAGCCGGCGCGCCUGCCGCAACGGCGGCAAGUGCCUGCCUCAUGCCGCGCCCGAGCCCAGAUGUAACUGUCCGGGCCAUACGGUGGGGCCGCACUGCAAACUUCUCACCCGGCUUUUCGGGCCAUUCGGUCUUGGUUCUCGAUCAGGAAACUCAUCUGUACCCUCAUCCAUGGUGUUGCCCUCCCUACCCACUUGUUCACAACUGCACAUCACCAUCUUCGUGCUGACUCAGCACAAAACUGGUAACAUUCUCAGCUCUCAGUCACGUGUCGAUAAAAAUUCUCGACUCUUCAGCCUGCUCCUCGAUGACGGAAAACCCAAGUUCGUCGUCAGGAGUAGCGGGCGAAAACCUCCGAAAAGUUUGACUCUGCAGAAAAGUAUCUCGGGCAAUGCUUGGCAUCGACUCGACAUUUUUUGGAUUAAUGAGGUGAAAAGAGUGUAG